CACAAAUUUGUUUGGUCGCUAAUGAAGUGUUGUGGAUUUUGUUGAGAGUUAGAGCACUUGCACUAGAAGAAUGGAUCGAUAAAGGAAAAUGGUCGUCAGACAGAUGUUUUGAAGCGUUUUGAUAUCUUGGAUUUCUUCCAGACAUGUGAUUUGUGGAAUAAGACGAAUGGAUAGUAAAUGAAAUGCGAAAAUCUAGAACGAUGCGAUUGUAAUGCAAUGACGUGGCUUUGAUAGAAAAUAUAACUACUGCAGGAAAUAUUGUGCAAUCGCAGAAGUAACAUUGUGUUUUCCAGUUGUCAUAAUAACGUCAGGAAGCAUGGUUUGAUAGUUUUACAAUUAUCGUUAUAAUUUUAGGUACAAGCCACUUCUCUAUAUAUUUUGUAAACACAGAAAGUCAGAAUGGGAAACUUUUUUGACAAGACUAAUAAAUCAGGACCAAAAUUUAGGACUGUUGUACCAAACCAUGUGGUGGGACCAGACAUUCCUAGCAAGCACAAAAACCACCCUAACCGAGAUUAUCGCAGCAACCGCAUAAAAACCACUAAGUAUUCCCUGCUGACGUUCCUUCCUAAGAAUUUAUUUGAGCAAUUUCACCGCUUUGCAAACUUAUAUUUUAUUUUGGUGGUGGCCCUGAAUUGGGUGCCUCAGGUUCAGGCUUUUGGGAAGGAGAUUGCUAUGAUCCCAGUGAUUUUCGUACUUGCUGUAACAGCUGUGAAAGAUGCUUUUGAAGACUUUAGACGUUAUAAAUCUGAUAGAAAAAUUAACCAUCAUACUUGCCGACGUUAUUCAAGUGCUGACAGGCGGUACGUGAAGAGUGAAUGGAUGGAGGUUCAUGCUGGAGACUUCGUCCACUUGUCUUGUGAUGAGAUUAUUCCAGCAGACAUUCUGCUGCUUCACUCCAGCGACCCCAUGGGUGUCUGUCACUUAGAAACCAGCAACCUAGACGGAGAGACCAACCUAAAACAACGGCAAAUUGUUCACGGACUUAAAUAUCAAGGGAAUAAAUUUGCUGUUGAAAAAUUCAAAUACAACGUAGAGUGCGAACUUCCCAAUGCUGAGAUUUACAAAUUCAAUGGAUUCAUAAAACUAGAGACUGGGGAGAAGGUGUCUCUGAACAAGGACAAUCUGCUUCUGCGAGGCUGUACCAUAAAAAACACCGACUUUGUAGAAGGCAUUGUGUUGUAUGCAGGACACCAGACCAAAGCCAUGUUAAACAAUCGUAACCCGCGAUACAAGAGAAGUAAGUUGGAGCGGCGCAUAAACCGUGAUGUCAUCUACUGCGUCAUCCUGCUGCUGUUCCUGUGCCUGUUUUGUGCCAUUGCUAGUGGGAUUUGGCUGAACGAUUUUGAGGACAGUACAACCGUCCUUUUUAUUCCUUUUGAAAGCCUAGAGUGGUACAACCCAUACUUUCAGGCUUUUGUCGUCUUCUUCACAUACAUCAUCAUUUUCCAGACUGUGAUACCAUUGCCCCUUUACGUUUCCGUGGAGAUCGUUAAACUGGGUCAGGUGUACUUCAUAAAUAAUGACGCCGAGCUAUAUUAUGAACCGAUAGACAAACGAAUGGAGUGCCGAGCCCUAAACAUCACUGAGGACCUCGGUCAAAUUGAGUACAUCUUCUCUGACAAGACAGGCACACUGACAGAAAAUCAGAUGGAAUUUAAGAGCUGUACUAUAGGGGGGACAGAUUAUCCUCACACACCAGAAUUUGAAGAAGAGGAUGACUUUAGCGAGACGGGCAGCCGGUACUCAUUGGCCAACAUUAGUAGGACCAGCUCGGUAAUGGAGAAUUUAAAACUUGAGCCGGGUUUGGAACGAGAAAUCUCACGGAUGUGCCUACGGAGCUUGAACAGUGUUAACUUGGAUCUCCCCGAUACAAGCUCUCCCAACUCUCAAAGAAUUCAGGAAUUUUUCUUGCUUAUGGCUAUUUGUAACACAGUAGUUGUAACUCAUCAUGCUCAUGAAGAUUUGAUGGAUGAAAGUGGAUCUAUACUGGAUGGAAAUUUCAAAGGGAAAAAUAGGUCACAGGAUGACCUAGAUAAAGUGAGUCGGUCUGGCGAGACGCCGCAGAAAAAGAGUUUGCCGAUUCUAAAUAUACCAGACACCCCUGUACAACGCAAAGGUGUACUUCCUCCACUCGGCCAAAGAGAAGCGGGAACACCCCCACUGACCAAGAAAAUCAAUGGACAACCCAGUGUAAUAGGAAAUAUACCACCGAUAACAAUAUCGAAUUCAGGGGACUUUGAGAGACUCCGAGAGUUUGGGAUGAGUACCCCGUCAGAAGGGAGUAUAGCUGGGUCGUCAUUUAUCUCGGACGGCUCGCAGCAAAGUCGUUAUGAAGCAGAAAGUCCCGAUGAACUCGCCCUAGUGAGAGCCGCCUGUACCUACGGAUGCCGUCUUAUGAAGCGCAGCGUGGAGAAAGUGCGAGUCUGGUUACCCAGUGAAGGCGAGGUUGAAUUUGAAGUCCUAGAAGUUCUACAGUUUGAUUCUACAAGGAAGCGUAUGUCUGUAAUAGUCAAAAAUCCCAACAACAAAGAAUUGGUCAUGUUUACAAAGGGGGCUGACACUGCCAUCCUAGGGGUCCUGCACAGGAAAUUCAAAGAGGACAGAGAACUUCACAAAAUGGUAAAGGAUACUGAGCAACACAUACUGGACUAUGCAAUGCAGGGACUAAGGACUCUGUGUAUGGCUAAAAAGAUCCUGACACGGAUGGAAUAUGAAGAAUGGAAGAAAAAAUUCAAUGAAGCAACAGCAGCCAUGGAAGGCAGGGAGGAAAAGAUAUUACAGGUCGCCUGUGAGAUAGAGAAAGACCUGGAAUUACUGGGUGCCACGGGUAUAGAAGACAAGUUGCAGGAGGGUGUACCAGAAACCAUUGACAAACUCAGGAAAGCGGGGAUCAAAGUGUGGGUCCUCACCGGAGAUAAACAGGAGACAGCUAUUCAAGUCGCCUACUCCUCCAAGUUGAUUGGGCAGAAAGACCAAGUCCUUAUCAUCAACGCUAAUGAUUUGGCCUGCACAAAGGAUCUUUUGGAACACCACAUGCAGCAGAUUGACCGUGACACCUCAGGACAAACCCAGUCCUCACCAAAGCAAAAGAAGCAGGAAUACACCUUGGUGAUAGAUGGCCGGACUCUGGCCUACGCCCUGCAUGAACAGAUGGAGGACAUCUUUCUUCAACUUGCUCAGAAGUGUACCUCUGUUGUGUGUUGCAGGUCCACUCCCAUACAGAAGGGAUCUGUGGUCAAGCUUGUGCGGGACAAGUUAAACAAAUUAACUCUAGCAAUAGGUGACGGGGCCAAUGAUGUUAGUAUGAUACACGUAGCAGAUAUUGGGAUUGGGAUUUCUGGACAGGAAGGCAUGCAGGCAGUGAUGGCCUCGGACUUUGCCAUUUCUCGGUUUAUGUUCCUACAGCGUCUCCUAUUGGUUCACGGACAUUGGUGUUACUGCCGCUUGGCCCGGUUUUCCUCCUUCAUGUUCUAUAAAAGUCUGAUCAGUGUGUUAGUCAUGUUUUGGUACCAGAUGUACAGUGCCUACUCGGGAUCAAUGCAAUUCGACAGUCUUUAUACCAUGCUCACUCACGUUGUCUUCUGUGCGUUUCCGCCGUUGGUGAAUGGGGUCUUAGACAAAGACCUGUCAUCAGAAACGCUCCUAAAAUUUCCUCAUAUCUACAGAAUGGGCAUUUAUGAUACGCAAUAUACUCGCUUUAGUUUUUUCAUCGCUCUCCUCGACUCCAUAUACCAGAGUAUUGUACUGUACUGGGUAGCCCAUUUUGCUUAUGAUUCUGAGCAGGUGGGGAUCUGGGAGUUUGGUACCACUCAAAUGGUGGCCCUUAUUCUAAUCAUUCUCUUCACCGGUGCCAUCGACACAUACUCCUGGAUUUGGCCGCAGUGGCUGACCAUGAUCCUGAGUUUCGUCUUUUUCUGGCUGUUUGCCAUCGUCUGUCAUGCCAUAUGGUUCACUUUUGAUCAUCCAGCCAAUCCAUACUGGGUGAUGCAAAACACGCUGGUUAAACCUAUCCAUGUCAUCACAGUUGUUAUCACCACGGUGCUCUCACUGUUACCGAGAUUUGUGAUCCGGAUUUUCCAGAGGACAGUGUUCCCAGAUGACAUUGUUAAAGCUCAGCUGUGGGAGAAGAGCCAGCACAAUAGGCGCAAUUCCUCUCAUUCUAUUGAUACUCAGGACACAGGAGACAUAAUCUCAAAUCACGAGUCCCGAAACGACGUACACGAGUCCCGAAACGACGUACGGUCUUCUGAAACAAACAUACAUAUACGUAAUGGCGGCAGCACAAAAACUACAACAACGAUAGCCUAGCACAAGUCCAGUGUCAAAUUAGAGCUCAGAUGCCGUGCAGCACGGAGGCAGGGUUACUGAAAUAUCCAUGUGUCAGAUGACCAGAUAGGACGUAAAGAGAGAAAGAGGGAGAGAGAGCUUGAAAUCUACUUUGUGGAGAGAAAGUCUGGUUCAGUCAGGACACUAUAAAAUAAGCUCAGAGUCUAAAAGUGCAAUUGUGGAUUUUUGGGAUCUUGUGAGAUCUUAGUGCCAUGGACAGAGAGGAAAGCUGAUGCUAGUGUGUGCUACAGAUAACUCAGGUAGCCGAUUCAUAUCACUGUGACCAAAUACUGUCUUUCAUUGUUAUCAACAUGUGUUGUUUGAGAGGGGGGAUUUGAUAGGAUAUUCAUAUGAGACAGGAUACUGCUUGAAGUAUGUGAUGUAUAUGUGCAUUUUUUGGUGAAUUUCGUUGUGAUAGAUGUACACCUAUUUUUAGUUCCAUGUACCAUAAAACUUUGUACUGUAAACCAAAUUUUAUUUGCGUGCAAGGAAUUUUCGCAAGGUUCAUGAUAACCUCAUCACUGCGAAUAUUUCCUGCCGCGAACCAGUCCUUGAAUGUAUCUUGUAUUUUUUCAAGAUAAUCUUGGCUGCAAAAAUUAGUCGCCGUGAACCAGUUAAUCAGUGGUAAACCCCGAAAUAAGGUCGUCGCAAAUAAAAGUUGGUUUGCCGUAAUUGAGAUGUAAUAUUGACUUGUUUUAUAUUGGAAACAUUUAGUGUUAACUGUUGCAUUGUUAUCAGUUUGUGAUCCUCGUUUUCCGAGAGCCGCUCUAUUUUUGAGCUCCAUUAUAUAUUUAUUUAUAGUGACAACCAUACAAAGUGUUCUAUGUCUCUAAGUGGGGGAGCUCUCUUGAUGGCUUAAUUCUGCUCAUAAUCAGUAGAUUGGGUUUUUUUUCUCUGUCACAAAUUUUUAUUGUACAGUAUAGUGAUUACAAUAUCAUGUUUUAUUUUCUAUGCCCUUUGUUUAACCUCGUCUCCUAAACCUAACCAACUGUCCAGUCAAAUAACACGCCUUUCAUAUAGUGACAGCCUCACUGUGUUAUAUAUAGACGGUGAAGCUAGAUUUACAGUAUACGAUCCCUUUAGUUGUCCGUUUUAAUGGUGAUAAAUGUAAGAUGUUAGAUAGAAUAUUCAAGGUCUUGGUUGUCAAUUUUGCGUCAUAAAUAGCAGAUUUUUCCAAGAGUAUUCCAUACAUGUGUAUUGUAAAGUAUUAGGAUUGUACAGUGUUAUCAGUUUAUUGAUGAUGCCAAUACUGUGAAUAUACCACUGUGUAUCGAUUCACUGCCCCCAGGUUUCAAUGCAGUAAAUUUUUGCAUAUAGGCAUUUAGGAAUUUUUUUUAUGCGUAUUUCAUUGAUUGAUCUCUUCUGGUGUUGUUACUCUACAAAACAUGAUACAGUGAAAAAUGGUUAUACCAAACCAUGCUUAUAAUGAAUGACUACUUAUAACGAAAAGAUUUCUAUUCCCCCCACAACUGUAGAAGCAUGUGGACUGUGAUUCUUAUGAGAAUCAGUUAUCUUUUUUCAAACAGCUAGAUAAAAGUUGAUUAUGAAUCUAUCAUGAAAUUUGUUUUGUGAAAAAUUAUAUGUAAUUUGUAUUGAAAUGUUAAUUUUUGAUUUAGACUAGUCUACGAUAAAAAAAAAAAAAUUUAAUGAAAAAUUAUAUAAUUUGAAUUGAAGUAUUAAGUUUUGAUUUAAGCUGAAUUACAAGUUUUAUUCCAUUAUACAUACCCUAAAAUUGAUAUUAGUGCAUGGGUCAUGACAUGAUGAAAUUAUAUGUCCGGGUCUAGUUCCUGCCACACUGGGUAGUUAGUGCCUUUGUAGGGGAGUUGAUAUUGUAGUACAUAAAUAUGUACAAUAUCUUUGUAAUCAAGCAUCUAGGAAUACAAGAUUAGGCGAUAUAGAAAAUGACAUUCUGAAAUACUUUUUGUGCCAAAGCAGACAAUAUAUUGUAAUAUUGUAAAGGCAAAAAAUAUUAGUGUUUAGUUCCUCGGGUCAUAAAAUUUCAACAUUUAAUUGAUGGGCAGGUUUGGGGGGAGCUUAAAGCUGCAGCAUGAUCAUGCUGAAAUUUAUUUUAACAAAAAACACUUUUAAUUCAAAGUUAGAUGGUUUAAAGAAAAAAAAUCAAGUUUGAAUUAUUCCCCUUUUUCAAUAUGUUGAUGAAAUUGACCAGUGCAGUAGCUUCCUGUAUAUUACGGUGGUGCCUGAGAAACUAAAGAUAUAUUUUUUUGCCUAAGUAAUAAUAAUGUAUUUAUCCUUCAUUGAUAGACUUUCAUUGGCUGUGUAUGUGUUUAAUAUGACCAUCAAUGUAUGUAACUCAAUACACCACUGAUAACCGUAUCAAAAUUGAACUCUUGCCGAUUAAAGGGCGGGGGUAGUAACAUCAUAAACCUAUCCAGCAACGCUCACAUUCCGUCCUCUGAAAAUCCAUAUUCCUUUUGUAAAGCAAUGCUAUAAUAAAAUAAUCAAAAAGUGUGUAUUCUUUUACAUUUUGUUCAGCAUACAGUGUCUUUAUCAGUGUGUAUGUGUUAUAUAUAUGCAGUGUUAGAUAGCGUGUAUUUGUUCCAUGACCAUGUCGUUCAUGCCAUGUAAAAUCUGUGACAUUCCUGACAAAGGUUGUGUAAAUAUGAAUAAUAUGUUAGGAAAUUUUUCCUAAAUUUAAGUAUUUAAACACUUUCCUAUCAGUAGACGACAUAUGUUUUCAAUAACUUUCUAUGCGUGAACAAAAACCUUGGUGUCCUCACUACAGGAGACAGUUAUUGGCUGUGUGAGAGAUAUUUAUUUGUUUGAAUCAUUUAACUACUAUUAUUUAAAACUGAAAUAUCGCAUUUGCUGGUUGGUCGUUUCAAUGUAAUACUUUAUAUUCCUUGUUUUCACUACUUAAAAUGACAAGAGUUUGAUUGAAUGAUACCAUAUUAAUCCAAGCAUUUUAGAAAUUCAAUUUUACUAUUGAUAUUGAUUUGCAAUUUUCAUUAAUGAAGACCAUUUUUUUGUAUUUGUGUAUAAGCUAUGGUAUUUACGGAGGGCAUAUUGGUGUAUUUGUGUUAAACAUGACAUCAACACGUGGCAAAAGGAAGCACUUGGGUUUCGUUGGUUUUCUUUCUUUUUUUUUUUAUAUUUAUAAAUUGUUGCUUUAUGGUUAAGGUUAUGAAAAACUGUCAAAAUUGGCAUGCAACCUGAAAAGAGUAAAUCUGCUGGUUGACGAGAAAACCAUUUAUCGACAUCGUACCGGUGUUGUUACGUUGUAAGGAGGUGGUCUACUGCUCUACUUACCAUUCACUUCUCAAGUGCUCAUUUUUCUUGUAUUUCUUUUUGUGCAUUGUAAGAGUUUUUAAGUUUUACUCAGAUCCUGAUUUAUGUAGAUUUUUUUUAUUUUUUAAAAUUGGAUAUAAACUUGUUUACUAUAGGCCAUGAUGUGUCAAAUACGAAGAGUUUCAACCCAGAACUUGCAAACUGUGAAUGUGAUAAACACAUUGUUAUGUCUUUGUAUGAUGAAAUGCUUUUCAGUAAUCUGUGAUAUAGAAAAUUCUAUUGUACUUGUAAAUUUGUUUUUAUGCCCCAGAAGUAAGGCUCUGAAAUAAAUCCUGAAGAUUCCUUG